AUGGUGAGUCGACGAGGUGGACUAGGACACGACAACGGAGAACCCUCUAACGUAAACCCCGACCUAGCCCAAAUCGUACAAGCGUUUGUGACCGCCCUGAACGCCAACCGCCAAAACCAAAACCAUGACGAUGGACCUAUGACCCGAGCCCGAGCGAUGAACGAAUUCUGCAAACGCCGACCUCCGACCUUUCACGGAGACACCAACCCCGUCGUAGCUGAGACGUGGCUGAAUGAGCUGAAGGGAGAAGCCCGCUAUUGGUGGGACCUGAUGAAGGUGACUCAUGACAUUGCCACCAUGACCUUUACUGAGUUCGAGACCCUGUUUCUCGACAAGUAUUUUCCCACGCCUUUUCGCCUAGCUAAGGAACAAGAGUUCCUGAACUUGAAGCAAGGGACCAUGACCGUCACCCAGUACGCGGCCAAAUUUGAGGAACUGUCCCGUUGCGCCCUAGACUCCAUCCCGAACGAGGACAGGAAGGUUAGGAGAUUCAAGUGGGGACUGACGACUGCUCGGAAGGCUGUAGUAGCUCAAGCAUUUACCACUUAUGCUGGUGUGGUAAAGUGUGCGCUCCGGCUAGAGAGCGAGGAGGCAGACUUUAAAACCCGCUGGAGGAAGGCGACCGGCAGCACCGGUGGACCAAUCCGCACCCAAACCCUCAGCGAUAACCGUGGACCCUACUCCACCAAACCCUUUACCCCGUCUCAGAACAAUCGACCCUGGAGAACUGCUAACCCUGAAAGUGGCGAACCAAAGAGAGGUGGUAGAGACAUAGCGACAGUUCAGUGUUUCAACUGUCAGGUUAUGGGUCACUAUAAGUGCGACUGCCCCUAUUUUCAAAGAGGAGGGAAUGGAAGCUUUGGAAAUCAGAAAGCUCAACAACCCGGACAGGCCGAUUUUGUGAAGCAAAACCCUAGAGGCCCAUCGCAGCAGCAGAAUGGGCAGAACAAGGGAAAACAGCCCAUGGGAAUCCAGCAAAGCACCGGAGGGCGUAUCUUUGCGCUGCGGACUGAGGAACGAGAGCAGGAUUCCUCUGUAAUCCAAGGAGGGUUCUUCAUAUUGAUGGUUGUAGAUGCUAUUCUGAUCUGA